AAACCUACAGCAGCUUCUUCUGACAUAUAUACACGCACACUCACGCCCGACGCACACUCGGCACACUUUUCCUCCACCUGAUUAACAGUCUUGCACACACAAUGAUUACAGGAAAACGUAAAUAAAUACAGAAAGGGUGAUUCUUUUGGCUACUGGAAGAGCUUUGCUGGGUCUCAGAGCAACUUUUGUUUUUAUUACCGAGGGGGUGAUCUCUCCAAGCGUCUCUCUCACAGGAGGACUCAGUAAAAGAGGAAGAGAGACUGCAGAAGAGGGGGAGAGCCACCUAUCACUUUAAGACCGGCUGGACUCCCAGAUAAAAGGAAGGGGAGAGCCGGCCGCCCGGAGGCCACCGCAGCAGCCCGUCGGAAAGACACUUUUGAGACGUUCCUGAGCGCUGCGGCCCAUUUCUGCACCGAAGUUGGCUCCUGCUCUAGCAGCCGCAUUGGAUCCCACAGCGUACUGCGAGACUCCGGUGUACAAUCCGGAUCUCUGCCCCAACAUGAUCGCGGCCCAAGCCAAGCUGGUCUACCAUCUGAAUAAGUACUACAAUGAAAAAUGCCAAGCCAGGAAAGCUGCCAUCGCCAAAACUAUCCGGGAAGUCUGCAAAGUCGUUUCCGACGUACUGAAGGAAGUGGAAGUGCAGGAACCCCGGUUCAUCAGCUCUCUCAACGAGAUGGACAAUCGCUACGAGGGCCUCGAGGUCAUCUCGCCAACCGAAUUUGAAGUGGUGCUUUAUCUUAACCAAAUGGGGGUGUUCAACUUCGUGGACGACGGCUCGCUGCCCGGCUGCGCGGUGCUGAAGUUAAGCGACGGGCGCAAGAGGAGCAUGUCCCUUUGGGUGGAGUUCAUCACCGCCUCCGGCUACCUCUCUGCGCGCAAAAUCCGCUCCCGGUUUCAGACGCUGGUGGCUCAAGCGGUAGACAAAUGUAGCUACCGGGAUGUGGUAAAGAUGGUGGCUGACACCAGCGAAGUGAAACUGAGAAUCCGAGAUAGGUACGUGGUGCAGAUCACGCCGGCUUUUAAAUGCACCGGGAUCUGGCCCAGGAGUGCUGCCCACUGGCCGCUUCCUCACAUCCCCUGGCCGGGGCCCAACCGGGUGGCGGAGGUCAAAGCGGAAGGGUUCAAUCUCUUGUCCAAGGAGUGCCACUCCCUGGCCGGCAAGCAGAGCUCGGCCGAGAGCGACGCCUGGGUGCUGCAGUUCGCGGAGGCGGAGAACAGACUGCAGAUGGGGGGCUGCAGAAAGAAAUGCCUCUCCAUCCUCAAAACCUUACGGGAUCGACACCUCGAGCUGCCAGGCCAGCCCCUGAACAACUACCACAUGAAGACGUUAGUGUCCUACGAGUGUGAAAAGCAUCCCAGGGAGUCGGACUGGGACGAGUCUUGCCUGGGAGACCGGCUGAACGGGAUUCUGCUGCAACUCAUCUCCUGCCUGCAGUGCCGGCGGUGUCCCCACUACUUCCUACCGAACUUAGAUCUGUUUCAAGGCAAGCCUCACUCAGCCCUGGAAAACGCUGCCAAACAAACGUGGCGGCUGGCACGGGAGAUCCUGACCAACCCGAAAAGUUUGGAAAAACUUUAGAGGAUGAUCUAAUCAAGAGCUGAAAUGUUACUCUUCUCCAAGUCCUCAUGAAAUGAAAACUUCCUGUUCGAGACCUAUCAAAUACUCGGCGAGACAGUGCAAACAGUCUCUUCCUUAAAAAGGAGUAAUACUAUCAACGUGUAAGCAUCA